UUUGACAGCUCACGUGUUCAGGCUGCUGGUUACCCGGAUGAUAAAGGUGACACACAUACGGAUCGCUUCCCAGUAGAUCAUAAUGGAUUUUAUGACAGAUCAAGACGUGCGAAAGUACAAGCAGGAUGGAUAUGUGGUCCUGGACGGGCUGCUGACCUCUCAGGAGUGCGAUGAGCUGAGGCAGAGAAUGGCUGAGAUCGUGGACCGGAUGGACGUCCCCGACCACUGCCGGACCACUUUCUCCACCUACCACGACGAGCAGCUAAAAACGCAGGGGAAUGCGGAUUAUUUCAUCACAAGUGGAGAUAAGAUCCGUUUUUUCUUUGAGAAGGGUGUUUUUGAUGACAAAGGGGAAUUCAUCGUACCGAAGCAGCGGUCCCUCAAUAAAGUUGGGCAUGCCCUACAUGCGUAUGAAUCUUUGUACAAGAAAGUUACACAUUCACCCAAGGUUCAGGGAAUAGCCAAGAAACUGGGCCUGGUUAAUCCUGUGAUACUGCAGAGUAUGUACAUUUUUAAGCAACCAGGAAUUGGUGGCGAAGUGACGCCGCACCAGGACGCCACGUUUCUGUACACGGAGCCCCUGGGCAGAGUGAUGGGGCUGUGGAUCGCUCUGGAGGACGCGACUGUCAACAACGGCUGCUUGUGGUUCAUACCGGGAUCACAGAGUAGCGGUAUUUCCCGUCGAAUGGUGCGCACCCCGAAAGGCACCUUCCCGCUGACAGACUUCAUCGGAAGGGAGCCAACUUUCGAUGAGGACAAGUUUGUCGCUGCACCUGUUAAAAAAGGUGGUGCGCUUCUGAUUCACGGGGAAGUGGUGCACAAAAGUGCUGAAAACACUUCUGAAGACUCUCGCCACGUCUACACCUUCCACAUCAUGGAGGCCCUGGACACUCGCUGGAGCCCUGACAACUGGCUGCAACCCACAGAGGAGCUGCCUUUCCCACCUCUCUACACUAAAUGACAUCAAAGUUUCUGGCAGCUUACAGAGAGGAACGUGCAAGGAAGAUGUUCGACGUUGUCUGCAGAAAGUUUCUGGGAACAAUGUUUCACGCCUCAGUGUCUGUUGUUAAUGUGCAAACCAGCUCAAUGGUUUUUCAACCGUGCAGCUUUGCACCGUCAAAGCACCGAGCAUUACGUUGAGAAAGCCACUGCAGUAAUAUGUAGUCCAUAAAUAAUGGUUAAACACUAUAAUGACAGCAUACCUAUUUUUUCAAAUGUGACCAAUAAUAACUGAAAUAAAUAUUUUCAGCAUUUUAAUAACUGUCCCAAGAAUUAUAUUUGGGGGACAGAAAAGUUUUUUUUAUUAUUUUUAGUGAACUACUUUAAAUUUGUUUUGUAAACCGUUGCUCUGUGCCUUGCAAAAGUGUUAACACUUCUCGGAAAUUAUAAACACCAAUAAUGUAAUUUAUUGGGACUUUAUUAAGCAAAUCCUACACUUAGUAAUGCAUGAUCGGAAGCACUUACCUUACCUUGACCUGUCUGUUUAAUCUGUCUGGUGAUACAAAAUGCUAGAAAGUCUAAGCAUUCCAACAGAUGUCCAUUUUAAGAUUCAGCCUGACUUAUUAAACUUCAAGGCCAAAUGAGUUUUAACACAAACAUAGAAACAUUUUUAUUAAGAAUUAAAUUACAAAUGAGAAAGUUAA